AUCCACACUUCCUUCCUUCCUUCCUUCCAUCCUCGUUCGACGCCACACGGGCCGCGCAUCCUCCUCCUCCUCCUCCUCAUCGUCACGGUGGACGAUGGAACCACGACGUCCUCCUCCUCCUCUUCCUCCGUCUUCAUCAUCAGGUGACCCCGACACAAUCAACGGCGACACCGCGCGCGCGUCCUCCAUUGUGUGCUGGACGAAGGCUGCCUUCCUCACGUCGCGCGCGAUUGUGUGCGAAAACACCACACGAACGUGGAUUAUUGUUGUUAUUACAAUGACGGUUGUUGGGUUUGUCCUGACUGGCGGUCGCGUGAGGCUUCAUAACUGCUAUUAUUAUUAUUAUUAUUAUUAUUAUUGUCGCUCAUGUCAAAAUGCAACGGUGCCUUGAGAUACGAGUGCAAUUCGUUCGUAUGUCAAAUCACCCUUCCCCAUUGAAAUGAGUCGAAAUGCAAUGAAUCCAUUCCAACCACCCUCCCAAAACACCCAAAUGAUUUUUUAAUGUUUUUUUUUGUUGCACUCAACAGUGUCGCACCGAUGAACUCGUCGACAGCCAAAGCAGCUCGGUGGUGCUAUAUUAUCAUUCAUUCAUUCAUUCAUCUUCCGUUCCGCUUCUCCUCACGCGGGUCGCGGGUGUGCCGGUGCCCGUCCCAGCCGACUUUGGGCGAGAACCGGGGUACACCCUGAACUGGUCGCCAGCCAAUCGCAGGACACAUAGAAACAAACGGCCAUUCGCACUCACAUUCACACCUACGGGCAAUUGAGAGUCCAACCAGUCGUCCGUGUAUUAUCAUCAGAAAUAUAAAUGUACAUUACUCCUACAUACAAACUGUAUUUUACAUUUAAUAUUUAAAGUGGGCGGCACGGUGGACGACUGGUUAGAGCGUCAGCCUCACAGUUCUGAGGACCGGCGUUCAAUCCCUGACCCCGCCUGUGUGGAGUUUGCAUGUUCCCCCCGCGCCUGCGUGGCUUGUCUCCGGGUACGCCCCUUUCCUCCCACAUCCCCAAAACAAUUGACGACUCUAAAUUGCCCGUAGGUGUGAAUGCCAGUGUGAAAGGUCGUUUGUUUGGCCCGCGGACCAGUUGAGGGCGGACCCCGCCUCUCGCCCGAAGGCGGCUGGGAUGGGCGCCGGCACGCCCGCCACCCGCGUGAGGAGAAGCGGAACGGAAGAUGGAUGGAUGGAUAAUUAAUGUAAGAAUGAAUUCCUUGAAAUGGGAAAUGACCCGCACCGCCUCAGGUUGGGCCGCAAUAUUAGGUACACCUUUACAUUGUGGAUAUUGUUGUGCAGGUGUACCUAAUGAAGUGUCUUGUUGGCAUGCGUGUCAGUCAAUUGGUGCUUUGUUCAAAUGUUUUGUUUCUUUCAGAGCGCGUUGCCAUGGCGGCGCUGCCGCUCUUCCUCUUCUGGGUUGUCGCGGGCGCGCCGUACGGCGCGCCCGCGACAACCGCGUCCUGUCCGGCGAGCUGCCGGUGUUACAGCCUGACGGUGGAGUGCGGUUCCACCGGCCUCCUCGCCUUACCCGAGCACGUGCCCGCGCCCACACAGACGCUGUUCCUGCAGGACAACGUGAUCGGUCAGAUCCGCCGGCAGGACCUGAUCCCGCUCGCACACCUGCACUACCUCUACCUGCAGAACAACAGCAUCUCGGCGGUGGAGCCGGGCUCGUUCCGGAAGCAGGCCCGGCUGCUGGAGCUGGCGCUGAACGGCAACAGGAUCCACCUGGUGACGGCCGACACCUUCCGCGGCCUCGAGCACCUGCGCGUCCUCUACCUGGCGGGGAACGACAUCACGCGCCUGCCGGACUUCACCUUCCGCGGUCUGCAGCGCCUGCAGGAGCUCCACCUGCAGCGCAACAGCCUGGAGGUCCUGGCCGAGCAGGCCCUGGCCGGUCUGACGUCGCUGGCUCUGCUGGACCUGAGCUGGAACCACCUCCACACCGUCGGAGCCGCCGCGCUGCGGCCGCUGGUCAGCCUGCAGGUGCUCCGCAUCACGGAGAACCCGUGGCGCUGCGACUGCGCCCUGCGCUGGCUGCGCGGCUGGAUGGACGAGGAGGGCCGGCGUCUGCUGAGUUCGUCCGAGCGGCGGCUGUCGUGCUCGGAGCCGCCGCGGCUGUCCCGCCUGAGCCUGCUGGAGGUCCCGCCCAACAGUCUGGUGUGCAUCCCCCCCCUGGUGCAGCUGGAGCCCCGCAGGCUGGCCGUUCGCCUCGGCGACAGCCUGCGCGUCUCCUGCCACGCCUCCGGAUACCCCAGGCCGCAGGUGACGUGGCGGAAGGCGUCUUCCAGCAAGGUGUCGCCGGCGCCCCGAGGGCUGGUGCAGGACCUGGGCGGAGUGGCCCGAGGAGCGGGCGACGGCGCGGAGCCGUCCGAGGGCGACCGGGCGCACGUGCAGCAGAGCGCGGGCGACGGCGGCCCUUCGCACUUUGACCCGGACACGGGCAGCGGGAUGCUUUUCCUCAGCAACGUGACGGUGGCGCACGCCGGCUUCUACGAGUGCGAGGCCUGGAACGCGGGCGGCGCGGCGCGGGUCACCUUCCAGCUGGCCAUCAACUCAUCCUCGUCCGUCUGGGCCGCCUGGGCGCCUCCUCGCUCGCCGGGGGAGCCCCGCCUGAGGAGCCCCGGCGGCGCGGCGGGCGCCGACGUGAGCCGGGAGCCGCUGUACGCCCUGGGCAGCAUGGCCUUCGGCGCGCUGGGCGCCGCCACGCAGACUGCCAUCGCGGCCGGCAUCUCGCUGCUGGCGCUGACCUCCCUGCUGUUAGUCGCCAUGAUCUACAGCCGACAUGUGCAAGGCCACAAGGACGAGCACGCCACGCACAAGGAGGAGAGCAUCCUGUACGUCAACGACUACUCGGACGGGCCGACGACAUUCGACCAGCUGGAGGAGUUCCGAGACGAGCGCGGCCACGAGAUGUUCGUCCUGAACCGCGCCAAACCCGUGCUGCCGCCGGCCCCGCCCGCCGCCCCGUCCGACGCGGGCAGCGGCCGCUCGGGCUCCUCGGCGGCCGCCAGUCCCGCGCCCCCCGCCGCCGAGGCGGACGCCGACGUUCGGACUGCGCGGAGAAUGGCGGGCGAGGGCGGGGAGGCGGAGCCCGUCAUGACGUCGGAGGGCGAGGGCGUGUUCGUCAACCACGCCGGCUUGUUCGCGGACUCUCAGAUGGCCUACGAGAUCCACUGCUGAACGUGCCCCCCGGCCGCUGCGCUUUUAUCGGAACUCCUCGGACAGACGACGUCGACGCCGACCGAGGAGGAGCUCUGCGGACUUUCUUCAUGUUCUGGCGCACGUGCUUCUUCGUACUCAUCUUCUUCGGAAAGCGGCCGAGACUUUGAGACAAAAACGGUGCCAAAAACCGCGAAAGACGCUUUGUUACUGUCGGAUGGCAAGACGGAGAGGAGUCCUGCCGGCUCGCGAGGCGCUCGUGUACGGAGGAAUAUUACGGCCACACUGGAAAGAAAAACAAUUAUAGAAGACGUUUUAGAUUGCUAUCUUCUUUCAGAAGUCCAAAUCUUUCAAUAAUGUGGGGGUCUAAAUUUUAUUAUUAUUUUUUUUUUGGGAAUGCAUAUUUUUCCAGAAAAUAUUUAAGAAAAAAAAAAACCGUAUUUAUAGAAAAAAAAAAAAAGUUUCUGACUUAUGAAAAUGUUUUUUUUUCUUUUCCUUUUCAGUGACCAAAAAAAAUAAGGCAUUUUUUUGUGUCAUGUAGUUUUUCACAACAAAAAGGCAUUUUUGGCAAGUUGGAAUCUUACAAAACAUGUCAUUUGUUUGAGGGAAAAAAAGUCACAUCUUCAAAAAAAACGAUCUUAAAUUAAUAAUGUUAGGUUGAUUUAUAUUUUUGAGGGGGGGAAAAAAAAAAGAAGCUCUUCAUCAGAAUUUUUUUAAUUCGUUUUUUCUAGCAGCACGGUAGCACAUGUGCCUCACAGUUCUGAGGACCGGGGUUCAAAUCCCGGCCCCGCCUGUGUGGAGUUUGCAUGUGCCUGCGUGGCUUUUCUCCUCCCACUUCCCCAAAACAUGCGUGCGAGGUUAAUUGACGACUCUAAAUUGCCCGGAGGUGUGAAUGGUUGUUUUUCGAUUUUCUUUCCAGUGUGUCCGUAACCGUCGUGCGAGUGUGCAAGCGUGUGCACGCGCAAGUCAUUUGAAGCUAAUGUGGUCGCAUGUAGCAGUCCUUGUGUCUCUCCAGUCUUGUUGUUGUUGUUGUUUUCAUUCUUACAGGGGGGGGGGCAACCAGUGGGUGGUGGGUGGGGAGGGGUCCUAAGGCGGUGAAAAGUUUAUUUUCGGUCUGAAACUAUGGAAACGUUUCUUAUCGUGAAACAUUUUGUGACGGCGCGGGUGGAGUAAAGUGUGACGAGCUUGUCAAUAAAACAAACUGCGUUGGUCGUGUGCUCGUUAACUCUCCGUUUCGCGCAAAAAUGACGAGAACUCUCCCAAGGCCCAACGACAAUAGCAGCUUGCGGUCAUUUUCUAAGCGGUAAUAUAACGCAGCGCCGCAUUCGGGCAUCCCGGACAGGUCAGCGCGCCGUACAGUGCCGUGAAAAAGUAUUGGCCCCCCUUCUCCAUUGCAUAGCUUCCCCACUUUCAUGUUUAAGAUCAUCAAACAUGUAAAUAGCAGACAAAUAUAACCCAAGGGAACUUCAAAUUGUUUUUUUAAAUGCUGAUUUCAUUUCUUAAGGGAAAAGAAAAAACACUGAUGCAAUGGUUUUUCAAUGUAUGUCAAUCAUGGUUGGAGUAAUGCUCGAAAUGAAGUCGCUUUUCCCAGGGGAAGGGGCUCACUUGAAGAGCUGGCCCCUCGGAGUCCAACAAAUGAUCAAAUUAAAGUCAAGCCUUAACUUUU